AUGUCUAUAAAAACAUACCAACACGUCCUUUCCUUCUGGUUCGGCGCGAAGUCAUCCCGCGACUAUCUGAAACAAAAGUCAUUCUGGUACGGAAGCCCAGCAGACGACGCCUACAUCCGCGAGAACCUAGGUCAAUCGUACGAAGCCGCAAAAAGCGGCGAAUUGGACUCAUGGAUGGGAGCUGGCGAGGGCGAGGGCGCGCUGGCUCUGAUAUUGUUGCUUGAUCAAGUACCCCGGAACAUCUUCCGGGAUAAGCCACAGGCAUAUGCCACAGAUGAGAAAGCUGUCUCCGUUGCUCGAGUCGCGGUUGGGGAAGGCUGGGAUAAGAAUAUGCCCAGUAUCCAACGGCGGUAUAUUUACUCGCCUUUCAAUCAUUCGGAGAACUUGCAGGAUCAGGAAAUGUCUGUGAAGUUGUUCACGGAUUUGGGUGAUCCUUAUCAUCUGCAAUUUGCGACGGAUUUUCGGAGGCAAAUCAAGCGUGAUGGGCGAUUCAAGCACCGUGAUCAGAUUUUUGGACGGUGA